ACAUCUUUCCCAUUUAAAAGUAACCACCACCAACAGCACGCAACUGAACUCGUGGGGGGGAGGAAACAAAAAAAGGAGGACGGCGGGCAUCGCGCCAAGCAUAGCCGGCAACCAACAGCCAGUACCACCGCGUUGGACUUCCUUUACACAGUGAAGAUUUUUUGCUCACGUCCUGACAUGAAGCUCAAUUUACUCGCUACCACCGUGAUUCUGUUCGUCGCUUUCCUACCGCGCCGCGAAUGUCGGGCAAUUGAGAGCCUCGUUGGAGCCCCGCGCCCCAACUUUCAGCAAGUGGAGCAACAACAACAACCACAGCAACAGCAGCAGCAGCAGCACAGGUCGCCCUCGGGUCCCAUCCUGGAGCGCCUCGGGGAGGAGUACUUCAUCCGGUUGGGCAACGGCGACUCAAACUCUUUCCCCCCUUCGUCCAUGUACCCCCUGGGAGCAAGCGGGCUAUUGAACCGGGCUCUGAAGCUGCAGCUGACUCGGCGGCUUUUGCAAGGUAAAGCGGGCAAUCUUCGAGGCGGCUUCAAAAAUGACGACGAUGGGGACUCGAUGGAGCGGGGACGCCGGUCCGAGGACCCGCCCAUCUCCCUGGACCUCACCUUCCACCUCCUGCGGGAGAUGAUGGAGAUGUCCAAGGCGGAGCAGCUGGCCCAGCAAGCCCAGAACAACAGAAGAAUGAUGGAGCUUUUCGGGAAGUGAAAACCAAAGACCCUUAAAAAAAAAAGAAUACAAAAUAAAA